UUCAAUAAAAUCGCGAUGCUGGCUCUGUACACCGUUCUUUUGGGCCUCUCGGUCCUUUCUAAACUAACUCAGAAUGUUAAUGGAGACUGCUCAAUGGAAAUAAACGAUCCUGCCCCUCUAAUCUUGACAAGUUUCGGAUCGAAGCACCUUUUGUCGGCUGCCCCCGGGCAAUUGUUACGGGAAAACUACGAAUCGGUGCAGAUGUAUUGUGCAGGAGGGUUCACUGGGAGGUUUGACGGAGGCUAUCAUAAUCCACAAUUCAACUUUGAGGACUCAACUAAAAAUUUUUCUUGCCAUUCGGACGUUUUUCGGGAGAAUAUUGAAAAUGGAAUGCGCGUACAAAGUGUUAAAUGCAGGGGAACGAUGGUUUCCCAAAUGUUUGAGAGUCGUAAAAGCCUACCAGACUGCGGAGACCACAUGACCCUUGUGGUGGGCCAGGACUUCGGGGCCAUUGGAUCCAUCAAGAGUGCUGGGAUUUGCUAUGACAUUGUUGGAUCUGAGCUCAAGUAUGUCAGCUACACGGCAUGUCCGUCAAAGAACAGGAUUAUUGAGAAGAUGCAACCGGGAGAGUUGAAUGGCCUGGGACUGGAUAUUAACGUGGCAUACACUAAAAGUCUUUUCAAGGCCGUAAGUCCGACGGCAAUUGGCGCAUACUUGGAGCACGACAAGCAACUCAAGCAGCUGCUGGGCGGAGUUACGUUCGAGCACACCAGCCUGGUGCAGGAUGAGGCUAUCAGGAGCCAGUUGGCCGGCUAUGAGGAUAUGCUCAGUGUCGUUUGGCUGCGCACCCUGCGCACCGGCAACUGGCGGAACUGGCACUAUGCCCUGCAUGCGGCCAGCGAGCCAGCCGGUUCCAAGUUCGACAUUCGGCUGGGUGUCUCUGGUCAAGUUGCUUUGCCGCAGAUGGGUGGGUGCAAUGCCAGCCGCGUUCUCAGCAUCGAUUUGGACAACGGCAGCACGCUGUCAGUGCCCGCACACAUCUGGGCCCAUGUGCGGGACCUGCACCCGACUGGCAAGCCGCAGGACGAGUUCGUCGUCAUCGGCCACAACUCCCCGUUUUUCAAGGGCGAACAGAUGAGCGACUUCUGUCCCACCAUGUGCGACCAGGUGGUUUGGAUGAAGAAUAGUCUGUUCGGCAGUCUGCUCGACUAUCCCGCGUAUGGCUUGGUCCAAUGCUGCCGCGUCCAGGAUGUGGCCCACAAGUUGGAUAACUUUCCCGGAGGACCCUUCGGUGGUGUUGUUGCCUCCUCCACUGCCAUACCCCCCCCUGGGGAAUCCGGCAGUGUUGCGUCGGCCUAAUCUCAAAAAAGAGAUGCCGAACUAAUUCCAGUUCCACCUGGAGCAUACAUCAAAUAUUCAAUUCAAAAAAUGUAAUCCAAGUACGCUUACAUAUAUUCGAAUAUUCGCAU